GGGGAAAUGACCAAAGGAGAUUGGAAGACAGAAGGAGAGGUAGGAAGGAGUAGAGGACAGCGGAUACAGGCUGCGCUUCUUGGGGCUGCUCCUGGGCCUCCUGAAACCUCACCAGACCGGGGGAGCAGUGGCCGCCUCCGAGCGCUGCCCUCCCAGCGGAGGGCACUUGGGGAAUGCAGCCGCUCCCGCCGCCGGUGCCCGGCCCUCUGGCUCUGCUGGAUACCACAGAGGGCUUUGGAAGGAGGAAGAAGAUCUCUCUGUGGUUUGUGGGCUCUCUGCUGCUGGUGUCCACACUCAUCCUGACCAUCGGUCUUGCUGCCACCACCAGGACAGAGAAUGUGACCGUGGGCGGCUACUACCCAGGGAUCAUUCUGGGCUUUGGGUCCUUCUUAGGAAUCAUUGGCAUCCACCUGGUGGAGAACAGAAGGCAAAUGCUGGUGGCGGCCAUCGUGUUCAUCAGUUUUGGUGUUGUGGCAGCAUUCUGCUGUGCCAUAGUGGAUGGUGUGUUCGCAGCACGGCACAUUGAACCAAGACCUCUCAGCGCAGGAAGGUGCCAGUUCUACCCCAGUGGGACUGGGUACUUAUAUGAUGUCUAUCAGACAGAGGUCACCUGCUACUCUCUGAGUGGAAGGUGCCAGCUGAAAGUGAGGAGCAACACAUGUUACUGCUGUGACCUGUAUGCUUGUGGGAGCACAGAGCCCUCGCCUAUCUACUAUGAAUUUGUGGGUGUACGGAGCUGCCAGGAUGUGAUCCACCUGUACCGGCUGCUCUGGGUGUCCACAGUGCUGAAUGUCCUGGGCCUGUGCCUUGGCAUUAUCACAGCCGCAGUCCUAGGAGCCUUCAAGGACAUGGUCCCUCUGUCUCAGCUGGCCUAUGGCCCAUCUCCACCACCUCAGAUCCUCUACAACCCUGCCCAGCAGAUCCUCGCCUACACUGGCUUGUGCCCUCCAUCUAUGACUGUGCCAACUUGUUCCUCCUACCCUUUGCCACUUCAGCCCUCCAGUGCCCUGCCGGCCUCGUCCUCUGCUGACCUCUCUCGGCCUGAGGACACAGAGUCUCUCUCCCAGUGCAACUGCAGCCAUGGGCAUUCUCCUAAUGCUCCUUCACUCUGCACACCAACCUACUUCCUCCCGGGGGAGAAGCCUCCCCCCUAUGCACCCUGACACGGAGAUAGUAGAUUAAAAAGUAACUUGGUUUGGGGGUUGCCAGAAAUAAAAAUAAUAAAGCCAUCUAUAGGAAGCCUGCUUCUGUAGCCAGCCUCGUAGAGGGUUCAGAAAGUAUCUCGAAGAUGUGCACUUCUCUUGGACACAGCCUCCGCCAGCACAGGCCAGGACCAGAGGCGGAAGCAGAGCCGGCUGGCUGACCCAAUGGCACCUCUGCUGUACCCCUCCCCCACACAAAGACAGCAGCAAAUCCUACUAGACCCCAGGCUCAUCGUCCAGAAGGGCUUCUCUGCACCUGCUGCCACUCAAGCUGCCUCAUUUCUAGUCUCCUUGGCUAUCAAUUGCUGUUAUCAAGGGAGCCGGGCAUCUCUUUUGGUGAAGAUUGUUCCUUCAGGAAAUGCAUUGCAGGUUGACAGGCUUCUAUGAGCAUGUCCCCGAGAAGGAACAGACCAAUCCACUUCUCUGAGCAUGUCCCCAAGAAGGAACAGACUGAACCCCUGAGCUCUGCUUUUCUGAUUUGAAGGAAAACAAGCUUUGAGCAGACACCUAAUGCUACUUCUGGAGGCCUUUGAGUUCUGCCUCUGUGUAAGAUCCAUCUUUCGGUGGACUUCAGAUCUCACACUUAUUUUUCCCUGUGGUGCUCUGUUGAUUUGUGGCCACUGGUUCAUUCAUUAAUUAGCUGUUGCGUGGACACUGGGGCCUUUCUCCCCCUCUCUGUGAGGUUCAGAACUAGCAGAUGGGGAUGGAGGACCAGUGGAGAUGCAGCUCCUGCGCCCCCUGCUGGUCAAGGCCACUCUGUCCAGUAGAUCUCACCAGGGCGGGCUAGAGAGGUUUUCUAAACAGGGUUUCCCACAAAGGCCCACAACACAGGUCCGUGUAGGAAGGUGACAGGUCUGCUCGUGGAGAAGAUGUGCUGCAGCUGCUCACCGAUCCCUGAAGGGCUGAGAUAGCCACCGGUUUCUAAGGACUGGUCACUGUGCACUCUUCACUUUAUUGAGAAAGCAUCUUGGUUUCUAUUUUUUU